GAGCUAUAAAACAAGUCUGUGAUGAAACAAGUCUACCCUACCAAUUAUUCUUGCUGUUGUUGCGAAACAAGUGAGAGCUUGUGUGGAGUGCAGCUUCGUCUGUUCGUCUGACUGAGUGAAGACUUCAACUUUUGCGGCAGCAAAGUACAUUUCUGACAAAUUGAACAAUGGAAAAACAACUUGGAAGCAAAGCGAGACAUUUCCCAGUAACAACAGUGUUCAAACAGGAUCCUCAAAAAUCUGAAGGAACUCAGGUGACGUACAGAAUUCCAGCUCUAAUCUAUAACGGUGAAAAUAAAACUUUCCUUGCCUUUGCUGAAAAACGGAAAACCACUGAUGAUACGGAUGCAGAUGUCCUUGUAAUGAGAAGAGGAAUAUGGAGGGAUGGUGUUGUCGAGUGGGAUAUGACUCAUGAGUGUCUCAGUUCAGCUUCUCUACCAAACCAUCGCAGCAUGAAUCCAUGUCCGGUCUAUGAAAGAGAGUCCAAAACCCUCUUUCUGUUUUUCAUUACUGUCCCUGUUGGAGUCUCAGAACACAAACAAAUAAAAGAGAAUAAGAAUCAGGCACGCCUUUGUUACAUAACCAGUAAGGACACUGGUAAAACCUGGAGUGCUGUUACUGAUUUAACAGCAGAUGUGAUCGGUAAGCAGGAGAAGAACUGGGCCACCUUUGCUGUUGGACCAGGACAUGGAAUUCAGAUGAAGAGUGGGAGACUGAUUAUCCCAGCGUACACAUAUUAUUUCACCUCAGGAACUUCACCCACAUCUCAUGCAUUUGCAUUCUACAGUGAUGAUAAAGGAAGCACUUGGCAUAUUGGAAAGUGUGUGGAUGGUGAGUCUAAUGAAUGUCAGAUGGCUGAGAUCAUCGAUGAUGACGGCAACAGUAAACUUUACUGCAAUGCUCGAAACAGGUCUGGCUACAGAAAUGAGGCUCUAAGUGAAAGUAAAGGAAAAGAUUUUAAGUCUUCAUCUGUACGUAAACUGACAGACACUGGAAAUGGCUGCCAAGGAAGCGUGUUGAGUUUUGCCCCUGAUCACACGUCUGAAAAAACAUGGCUGCUAUACUGCCAUCCAGCCGAUAAAAGAAAGAGAAUGAGCCUCGGCGUAUACUUGAAUAAAUGCCCGAGUGACUUGUCUGGAUGGGGGAAUCCUGUGAUUCUGCAUGAGGGUCCGAGUGGAUACAGUGAUCUGACUCAGUGUGGGGAUGGAAAACACUUUGCCUGUCUCAUGGAAUGUGGAGAGAAAAGUGAGCUUGAAAGAAUAGGCUUUAUCCUGUUUGAACACAAAGAGGUUAUUUAGGUCAAGGGCGAAUACUGACAGCAAAAAACAAAAAAAAAAAAUCUGUUUUUUUUUUUUUUAGUUUGCAAAAGAUUAGGUUACUACUAAAAAAUAAUGGAUAGAAACCCACAAACCUGACAUGAAUCUUUACAUGAAGCAAUAAAUGAACUGCAAUUUAAAA